UUGGCAUAUUGAGGAUGGAGUGGCCAAGCUUUUUGGUGUUGCUAGGAUCCAGGCUUGUACCCUUGAAACCCAGAUAACCAAUCUGGGUCAGGCACAAUCGAAAGACAGUCUAGGGGAGAAACAGACCCAGGGAGCCAGAGACAGGGAGAGGGAAAGAGAGCCCUUCCUCCACUCGCAAGCUCUGGAGGGGAUCUCUGCCCUCACCCUCAUCCCUCCCCGGAAUCCUUAAAUCCUCUAGGCUAGAGCCCUGGUUUUACAGCAGUCGAAGAUUCGUCCUACUGGCCAGAGCCCGUGAGCAGAUGGCGCGGCUUCGGGUGCUGAUGCUGUCGCUGGCCUGGUGGCUGUCGCAGGCGGGCGUGGCACGCGGUGCGGGCUCGGUGCGCCUGGCGGGCGGCCUGACGCUGGGCGGCCUGUUCCCGGUGCACGCGCGGGGAGCGGCGGGGCGUGCGUGCGGGGCGCUGAAGAAGGAGCAGGGCGUGCACCGGCUGGAGGCGAUGCUCUACGCGCUGGACCGCGUCAAUGCCGACCCGGAGCUGCUGCCCGGCGUGCGGCUGGGCGCGCGGCUGCUCGACACCUGUUCGCGGGACACCUACGCGCUGGAGCAGGCGCUGAGCUUCGUGCAGGCGCUCAUCCGAGGGCGCGGCGACGGCGACGAGGCCAGCGUUCGCUGCCCCGGAGGCGUCCCCCCGCUGCGCACCGCGCCCCCAGAGCGCGUGGUGGCCGUGGUAGGCGCCUCGGCUAGCUCCGUGUCCAUCAUGGUCGCCAACGUCCUGCGCCUGUUUGCGAUACCCCAGAUCAGCUAUGCCUCCACAGCCCCCGAGCUCAGUGACUCCACACGCUAUGACUUCUUCUCCCGAGUGGUGCCCCCUGACUCCUACCAGGCUCAGGCCAUGGUAGACAUUGUGCGGGCGUUGGGGUGGAACUACGUGUCUACACUGGCCUCGGAAGGCAACUACGGCGAGAGUGGGGUCGAGGCCUUUGUGCAGAUCUCUCGGGAGGCUGGAGGUGUCUGUAUUGCUCAAUCAAUAAAGAUCCCCAGGGAGCCAAAGCCGGGAGAAUUCCACAAAGUGAUCCGGAGGCUCAUGGAAACGCCUAACGCUCGGGGCAUCAUCAUCUUUGCCAACGAGGAUGACAUCAGGAGGGUCUUGGAGGCAACACGCCAGGCCAACCUGACUGGCCACUUCCUUUGGGUUGGCUCAGACAGCUGGGGAUCCAAGAUCUCCCCCAUCUUGAACUUAGAAGAGGUGGCUGUGGGGGCCAUCACCAUCUUGCCCAAAAGGGCUUCCAUCGAUGGAUUUGACCAGUACUUCAUGACUCGUUCCCUGGAGAACAACCGCCGAAACAUCUGGUUUGCCGAGUUCUGGGAAGAGAAUUUUAACUGCAAACUAACCAGCUCAGGUGGCCAGUCAGACGAUUCCACCCGAAAAUGCACAGGUGAGGAACGCAUCGGCCAAGACUCCACCUAUGAGCAGGAGGGGAAGGUGCAGUUCGUGAUCGAUGCGGUGUAUGCCAUCGCCCACGCACUUCACAGCAUGCACCAGGCACUCUGCCCAGGCCACACGGGUCUGUGCCCAGCCAUGGAGCCUACUGAUGGCCGUACGCUGCUGAACUACAUUCGAGCGGUCCGCUUCAAUGGCAGCGCAGGAACCCCGGUGAUGUUCAAUGAGAAUGGAGAUGCCCCCGGGCGCUACGACAUCUUCCAGUACCAGGCAACCAAUGGCAGUGCCAGCAGUGGCGGGUACCAGGCUGUGGGCCAGUGGGCAGAGGACCUUAGACUGGAUAUGGAAGCCCUGCAGUGGUCAGGCGACCCCCACGAGAUGCCCCCUUCUCAGUGCAGCCUCCCCUGUGGGCCUGGCGAACGGAAAAAGAUGGUGAAGGGCGUCCCCUGUUGUUGGCACUGUGAAGCCUGCGAUGGGUACCGCUUCCAGGUGGAUGAGUUCACGUGCGAGGCCUGUCCAGGGGACAUGAGGCCCACACCCAACCACACUGGCUGCCGACCCACACCUGUGGUGCGCCUGACCUGGUCUUCUCCAUGGGCUGCUCUGCCCCUUCUCCUGGCCAUCCUGGGCAUCAUGGCCACCACCACCAUUAUAGCCACUUUCAUGCGCCACAACGACACUCCCAUCGUCCGAGCCUCUGGCCGUGAGCUUAGCUACGUGCUGCUCACUGGCAUCUUCCUGAUCUAUGCCAUCACCUUCCUCAUGGUCGCCGAGCCUUGUGCAGCUGUCUGCGCUGCCCGAAGACUCUUGCUUGGCUUGGGCACGACCCUCAGCUACUCAGCCCUGCUCACCAAGACCAACCGCAUCUACCGCAUCUUUGAGCAGGGGAAGCGCUCUGUUACACCACCACCCUUCAUCAGCCCCACAUCGCAGCUAGUCAUCACCUUCUGCCUCACCUCCCUGCAGGUGGUGGGAGUGAUAGCGUGGUUGGGGGCCCAGCCCCCACACAGCGUGAUUGACUAUGAGGAGCAGAGGACGGUGGACCCGGAGCAGGCCAGGGGUGUGCUCAAGUGUGAUAUGUCUGAUCUGUCCCUCAUUGGUUGCCUGGGCUACAGUCUCCUGCUCAUGGUCACGUGCACGGUGUAUGCCAUCAAGGCCCGAGGUGUGCCUGAGACCUUCAAUGAGGCCAAGCCCAUCGGCUUCACCAUGUACACCACCUGUAUUAUCUGGCUGGCUUUUGUUCCCAUCUUCUUUGGCACCGCCCAGUCGGCCGAGAAGAUCUACAUCCAAACGACCACACUGACUGUGUCCCUGAGCCUGAGUGCAUCGGUGUCCCUUGGCAUGCUCUACGUGCCCAAAACCUACGUCAUCCUCUUCCAUCCGGAGCAGAACGUGCAGAAGCGGAAGCGCAGCCUCAAGACAACCUCCACGGUGGCAGCCCCGCCCAAGAGCGAGAACACAGAGGAUGCCAAGUAGCAAGGUGGAGGGUGGGUGCCACAGGUUGCUCCCUGUCCUUUCUUUGCUUCUCCUGGCUUCACAGUGGAAGCUGCGAAGAUCUACAGUGACCAUCACAGGCUGGCAAUGUGUGAAGACCAUGUCCAGCACAGCUGGGCACGCCUUCAAAAAGAGCUAGGCCCUGAGCCAUGCGGGACUUCUGCUUUCCUGGGCAUGCCAACCUCAUCAUUCCGCCCUUCCUACCCACAAUAGGAAAUACUCGCUUCCAGGUGUCUACCUUAAGACUAAACUGAUGCCUUCUGGGCAGGCACUCAAAGACCAUGGUGAAGCCAUGCCAGGUUGGGGUGAGAUUUAUCUUGAUCCAACAGCAUAACCUUGGGGCUGGCCAGGGUGUCAGUAUGUGAGAUCCACAACAUGAAAUCCAGGGUUAGAGCUGAGGGGAUUGCAACCGCCACAAAAGGAAACCUUGGGGAGGGGGAGUGUGUGUCUGUAUUUAGGUGGAUAUCAUUUUCAUAGCACAGAGGGCAGAGCCUGUGUGAGAGUCCUGGAAGCCAGGGUGGGCCUGCAGCAUAGAGUGGGGUGGUACAGGGAACUGCGGCAGCCUUCUGUGAGGUGGUUUCCCAUUCGGUCUUCUCCACAGGGUCACCCACAAAGUUUGGCAGCGUUUCUUUGCUGUGUAUGUUCCCGUAAAUUGCUCCAACCUGAAAAAAUGCCAACACAUUAGUGUUGUGUGAGAGAAUAAAGAACAACUGGACUUCUUCAGGGGGUUCCAGGAACAGUCUUGUUUCUGUGGUGAGGAUUAUUAUUAUUGUUUUUUUCUUGAGACAAGGUCUCACUAUGUAGCCCUGGCUGUCCUGAAACUAUGUAGACCAGGCUAGCCUUGAAUUCACAGAGAUCUGCCUGCCUCUGCUUCCCAAGUGCUGGGAUCAAAGGUAUGUGUAGCUAUGCCUGGCUUAAUUUUAAAUGAUAAGGUUGGCUCUAAAGGCUCUCCCCACGUGUUCUUGGAGUGCCCUCUAAAAGGUGGGUAUGAGGCACAUGGAGGAAGCUACUGGAGAACCUUGCAUGGACUUUCAUUUUCUACUAAUCUUUCUUUUACAGAGCUGGUAUUUAGUUAGGGAAGUUUGUUUCCUGUUUUUAAAUGUAUUGAGUUAGCUGUUUUAACUUAUUGUGAAUUCUCCAGUGUUUAAGGUACAGGACUAAAUUUUGAAAACGAGCUGCACUUCAGUGGACAGAUGCUCCAAGGUAUAGUGAGUUUUGACCUGGAGGUGCAAUACUUGAGCAUUCUGAGACCACCACCAAGGCUUCUCUGCAGACUGUUUCUGCUGUAUAGAUCUCCGUGCCCACUCCACGUGUUCCCAGUUUGUCCACAGUUCAAAGCGUGGCGUUGCAUUUACUGCUGAAUGCUUUUUGAGGCUCCUGCUAAGGCUCCUGUUCUGUCUGAGUCCCCGGAAGUGUGAAAUGUGUCCUCUUGAGGAAAAGAGUGUGACUGAUCUCUUCCAGAGUCAGUGAGUCAAGGUCUGA